AUGGUAUGUGAUCCAAAUUUUCGAAUCACAUCAUUGUGUGCCCGUUGGCCUGGUUCCUGUCAUGAUGCAAGGAUUUGGAGAACCUCUGGUCUCUAUCAAAAAUUUGAAAACGGUGACUACGAUGGCAUUUUAUUGGGAGACUCUGGGUAUCCCCUAUCCAGGUACCUUAUGACUCCGUAUCUAACCCCUCGGACCCAGUCUGAAGAGAGGUUCAACUCAAGUCUCUGCCGAACACGAGUUCUCAUUGAGCAGACUUUCGGGAUAAUGAAAAGAAAAUUUCAGGCUCUACAUUUUGGCCUCCGCACGUCUCCAGACCAGGCAGUGUCGUACAUUACCGCAUGCUGUAUCCCACAUAACAUAGGCAUUGAGAGGGGGGAUACAAUUAUCAGUGGUGACUGCAGGGAACUGAAUGUAGCAGAUUGCCAACAAGCAGUUAUAACCGCACAUCCAAGAGCUGAUGGGGUGGCAAAGAGAGCCUCCAUUACACAAUCAUUUUUUUGAAAUCCUAGCUACUCAGGGUGACAUCAUUGUGGACUUGUCAUUAAAUGCCUGUCAUUAAUGAAUCAAUUGUUGAUAACGAAACAUUUUUGUUUAUUUUAUCUGUAUUUAAACAUGGCAUUGUGUAUCAUUAUUAUCA